AUGGCUGCCGGAAGGUUACUGCUCUAUACGGGCCUCUCGCUAGCGCUCUGCGCCCUCGGCAUGCUGGCCGUGGCCAUCUGCUCGGACCACUGGUACGAGACGGACGCCAGGAAGCACAGGGACAGGUGCAAGGCCUUCAACACCCGCCGGGUCGACCCGGGCUUCAUUUACAACAACAACAACAACUUGCCGCUCCGGGCGAGCCGCUCGCGCCUGGACCGCUGGGAGGGCAAACUCCUCCGGGCCCGGAACCGCCGGCAGCUCUUCGCCAUGAGCCCGGUUGACGAGUGCAGUCGGCAGUACAACUCCACCAACAUGGGCCUCUGGAGGAAGUGCCACCGGCAGGGCUUCGACCCCGAGAUCGCAGCCCUCAUUCGGAAAGGAGAAAUUGAGCGAUGCACGUACAUCAAAUACCACUACUCCUCAGCCACCAUCCCCAGGAACCUCACUUUCAACAUCACGAAGACCAUCCGUCAGGAUGAGUGGCAUGCCCUUCACCUGCGCAGGAUGACAGCCGGCUUCAUGGGCAUGGCGGUGGCCAUCAUUCUCUUCGGCUGGAUCAUCGGCGUGCUGGGCUGCUGCUGGGACCGAGGCCUUAUGCAGUAUGUGGCAGGGCUUCUCUUCCUCAUGGGAGGAACCUUCUGCAUCAUUUCACUGUGCACCUGUGUGGCUGGAAUCAACUUCGAGCUGUCACGCUACCCACGCUACCUGUAUGGACUUCCCGAUGACAUCAGCCACGGCUACGGAUGGUCCAUGUUCUGUGCGUGGGGGGGCCUGGGCCUCACACUGAUCUCGGGAUUCUUCUGUACCUUGGCCCCUUCUGUCCAACCUGUCCCGAGGACCAACUGCCCUAAAUCCAGACCCGAGAAUGGGACAGUGUGCUAA